AUGCUCAGAGCCCACGUCCUAUGGCCCAGGUUACGUUCCACGACGCGGAUACGACUGCCACAUGCUCCCCAACGCAAAUUCGGAUCUUUCUCCGUGAUCCUACCUGAAGAACCGUUCAUCUACGGCGUGAAGCACCUGCAGCCGCGGCACGUCCCUGCCCACAUCACCCGGCCCGCGUACGCCGGCGCCCCCGAGCAGCAGCGCCCGCCUGAGGACGAGGGUGGGAAACUGCAGCUCGGUGGGGAUGCAGAGAGGCGGCUGAGAGCGGCGGCACGGCUCGCGCGCGACGUGCGCCCUGGCAUCACGACGAACGCCAUCGACGCGCGGGUGCACGAGUACAUCCUCGCGCAUUCGGCGUACCCGUCUCCGCUGCUGUAUUCUGGGUUUCCGAAUCAUGCUGCACAAGGUGUGGAAUAUGCUAUGUACACGGCAAACCGUCCUCAGGCUGACCCUGCGAAUAGUGUCAACAACAUCAUUGCACACGGCAUCCCUGACGACCGGCCACUAGAAGAUGGAGACCUGGUAUCCAUCGACAUCACCGUCUACCUUAACGGGUAUCACGGAGACACCGCGGAGACGUUCUUGGUCGGAGACGUGGAUGAGCCCGGGAGGGAACUGGCGCGCCUGUCCAGCGCAGCCACAGAUGCGGGCAUCCGCGUCUGCGCGCCCGGACGAAGGUUCAGCGAUAUCGGCGCGGCGAUCUACGAGUCUGUCCGCACACGGAGAUUCCGUCUCCCCGCAAUUCACAGGGCAUGGGAUCGGCACGGAGUUCCACCGCAAGCCGUGGAUCAUUCAUGACAGGAACGGCGAGCCCGGGAUUAUGGAGCCAGGGCAUUGCUUCACUAUCGAGCCGUGCAUCGUCCAGGGCAAAGAGCCGACAUGCUGGGUCUGGCCGGAUGGAUGGACCCGCGUCCGACUGAGGAUUGUGCAAGGAGUUGUCAGACGGAGCAUAUGGUUCUCAUUACUACCGAUGGGGCGGAGGUUUUGACUAGAUAGAUUGGUCAACGAAGAGACCAGAUAAAAGCUUCGACAUCAGGAUACACAGGUACGGAUGGGAAGAUGUCAAAAAUUCCCGCUCGCCGAUUUGAACGACUGACCUCGUCAUUACUAG